AUGGCACAGGCCUCAGGGAUGGACCCACUUGUGGACACGGAGGACGAAAGGCCCAAGUGGGACAACAAGCUCCAGUACCUCCUGAGCUGCAUCGGCUUUGCUGUGGGGCUGGGUAACAUAUGGAGGUUCCCCUACCUGUGCCAGACCUACGGGGGAGGGGCCUUCCUCAUUCCCUAUUUCAUCGCUCUGGUCUUUGAGGGAAUCCCACUCUUCUACAUUGAGCUUGCCAUCGGCCAGCGCCUACGAAGGGGCAGCAUUGGAGUGUGGAAGACCAUUUCCCCCUACCUUGGUGGAGUAGGCCUGGGCUGUUUCUCAGUGUCCUUCCUGGUCAGCCUGUACUACAACACCGUUCUUCUGUGGGUCCUAUGGUUCUUCCUCAACUCCUUCCAAUACCCGCUGCCCUGGAGCACAUGCCCAUUGGAUCUCAACAGAACAGGAUUUGUGCAGGAGUGCCAGAGCAGUGGCACUGUGAGCUACUUCUGGUACCGGGAGACUCUCAACAUCACAUCUGACAUCAACAACACAGGCACUAUCCAGUGGAAGCUGUUCCUCUGCCUGAUAGCCUGCUGGUCAACUGUGUACCUGUGUGUCAUCAGAGGCAUCGAGAGCACAGGGAAGGCUAUCUACUUUACAGCCCUGUUCCCUUACCUGGUGCUAACCAUCUUCCUCAUCAGAGGUCUGACUUUGCCUGGAGCAAUAGAGGGCUUGACCUACCUGUUUACUCCUAAUAUGAAGAUUCUUCAGAACCCACGGGUGUGGCUGGAUGCAGCCACUCAGAUUUUUUUCUCCCUGUCCCUGGCUUUUGGAGGACAUAUUGCUUUUGCAAGCUACAACCCGCCCAGGAACAACUGUGAGAAGGAUGCUGUGAUCAUUGCCCUAGUCAACAGUAUGACCUCCCUGUAUGCAUCCAUCACCAUCUUCUCCAUCAUGGGAUUCAAGGCGACCAAUGACUAUGGGAGGUGCCUGGACAGAAACAUCUUGAGCCUCAUCAAUGAGUUCGACUUUCCAGAGCUUAGCAUCUCCAGAGAUGAGUACCCAGCUGUCCUCAUGUACCUAAAUGCCACUCAGGCUGAGAGAUUGGCCCAACUCCCCCUGAAGACCUGCCAUCUGGAAGACUUUCUGGAUAAGAGUGCCUCAGGGCCAGGCCUGGCAUUCAUCGUUUUUACAGAAGCAGUCCUGCACAUGCCAGGUGCUUCUGUGUGGUCUGUGCUCUUCUUUGGGAUGCUGUUCACCCUGGGUCUGUCCUCCAUGUUUGGGAACAUGGAGAGUGUCAUCACACCAGUAUUUGACAUGGGGAUCUUACCCAGAGGUAUCCCUAAAGAAGUCAUAACUGGGAUGGUCUGCCUUGUCUGUUUCCUCUCGGCCAUCUGCUUCACACUGCAGUCUGGGAACUAUUGGCUGGAGAUCUUUGACAGUUUUGCAGCUUCUUUGAAUUUGAUCAUUUUUGCCUUCAUGGAGGUGGUUGGGGUCAUUUACGUUUAUGGGAUGAAGCGGUUCUGUGAUGACAUUGAGUGGAUGACUGGGCGGCGGCCCAGCCUCUACUGGCAGGUGACAUGGAGGGUGGUGAGCCCUACCCUGCUGUUCAGCAUCUUCCUGUCCUACAUCAUCCUUCUGUCCCAGAGGCCACCCAGCUACAAAGCCUGGAACCCACAAUAUGAACAUUUCCCCUCAAGAGAGGAGAAGCUCUACCCUGGCUGGGUGCAGAUCAUCUGUGUGCUCCUGUCCUUCUUGCCCUCACUGUGGGUCCCAGCAGUUGCUCUGGCUCAUCUAUUGUACCAGCGCAGGCAGAGGUGA